CUCAUACCUACCUAGAUACCCACGUAACCUAGGUCCCUAGCUUAGUUAUUUUACCACAGCUCUACGAGACGAGAUGGAGAAAUACAGCCAGUUCCGCGACCGCGGGUCUGGCAUCUCGCCCUUCAUCCCUUCUUCGACACCCAGUUCGACCCUCUCCUCGCUCGUACACGUAGCUCUUUUCCUCUUCCGACUCCCGCUCUUCCUGUCGUACAGCGCGUUGUUCUUCCUCUUCCUCGACAAUUUCCCUUCGUUCCUCAUCCCCCAGGUCCUUCGUAAGCUGCUGCUGUGGACGUUCCUCGGCAUCCCGGGGAUCUGGUGGGUGGACCUGCAGCUGGACGGCGUCAAGCGCGGCUCGCUGUCGCAGCAGCCGAGCUCUCGCUUCCCGGGGAAUACGAACCGCUCCAUCAUCGCCGCGCAGUUCACGAGCCCCAUCGACGCCCUCUACCUCGCCGCCAUCUUCGACCCCGUAUUCACCGUCUCGUUCCCGGGCACCCGUAAGGUCCAGCGCGUUUCGCUCCUGCGCGCCAUCCUGCUCGCCCUCUCCCCGCCCACCCUGUCCCCGCCACCCCCCCAGAACUUGACCACCCUGCGCGCGCUCGUAGACCAGUACCCGCACCGGGUCAUCGCCGUGUUCCCGGAGAUGAGCACCACCAACGGCAAGGGCAUCCUGCCGUUCUCCCCGUCCCUCCUCUCCGCGCCCGCCGACGCCAAGAUCUUCCCCAUCAGCAUCCGGUACACGCCCCCGGACAUCACCACCCCGAUCCCCGGCGCCUACGUCUCCUUCCUGUGGAAGCUCCUCAGCCGUCCCACGCAUCUCAUCCGCGUGCGCAUCGCCGAGUCCGUAAGCAACUACUCCGCGGCCGCGCCUCCUAGCGACGACGGUCCGGCCCGCGGAUUCGACCCGCGGGAUAGGCCCGGCGACGAGGACGUGGAUGGCGAUCCCCUCGCGCCCGACGAGCGCGCGCUGCUCGACAAAGUGGCCGACGACCUGGCGAGGCUCGCGCGGAACAAGAGGGUCGGCCUGACGCUGCGGGAUAAGGCGGCGUUUGUCUCGGCCUGGAACAAGGGCAAAAGAUGAGUAUUGUUUGCUUGCUGGCAGGUUAUAUCCCACGUCAUCGUUACGCAUUUCGGAUGGAGCGUUAGCAUUGCAUUGCAUUACUACUAGUACUAUUUUAUUUACCUUAUGACCUAUCUUCUCCCCCUCCCCCCCUUUCCCCCAACGUGGUUUGGUUGGUUUGCCUGUUCGAACGGGAGAGCCGAGAGCGGGGGUAAAAAAAAAACAGGCGAAACAAACGCGGCGAAGUACUCGAAGUACUUCCAGGAGUCUCGUGUGGUUAGGUAUUGAGGAAGAAGAAAAGUAGUAGC